AUGGUGCACUGUAAAGUCUUCACUCAUCAAAUAAUGAAGGAGCAGAAGAAGAAAAAGAAGAAGAAGAAAAAGAAGAAGAAGAGAGAGAAGAAAAAGAAGAGAGAGAAGAAGAAAGAGAAAGAGAAUAAUGACAAUAAUAAGAAUAAUAACAAUAAUAAAAAUAAUAAUGAUGAUGAGAAUAAUAAACUUAUCAUUUACACAGUUUCUGAUUAUUUACUGGCUUCAGCUAUUACUUAG